CUGAUAUACUGACACACAUUUGCUUUUUCGUUCCUCCUGCAGAUGACAAGGGCCCAGCCCUUCACAAGCAAUGUCAAAAUAUCUCACGUGUGGUCGGCGAGCUAUUGCUGAGGUAGAAAUGAGUGUACAAUUCGUUUGAAACAACAGUUUUAUCGUCUUGACUAUUUACUCAAAGUAUUCAACAGACCAGAGAUGUUGUGUUACGAAGGAAAAAUCAGUGUCUUCACAUUUUUGACUGGCGUGAUAUUUGCGCUAUUGCCAAAGUUCCUGUUUAGGUUACAAUUCGAGACUUAUUCUCUCUAUUUUCAGAAUGUUUGGUUGACUUAUGUCGUAUUGUACAUACUCCUGAAUUUCUUAAUCAUUAUUGCUUUUCGUGGUUUCAUUUAUCAAGUUGCGGUGCGAGCGACGUCGCUGGGUUAUGCAUUUGGGAUUGGCAUAUUGAUAUAUUUGACAGCACCAUCAUCAUGGCAAAUGUUUGGCAUUUACACAUCAGUAAUGGCGACAUUUCACUAUUCAGAAUUCUUGGCUAUUACUUGGACAAAUCCAAGCGCCUUGUCCCUUGAUUCCUUCAUGCUAAAUCACAGCCUCGAGUAUGGAAUAGCUGCCUUUGUGUGCUGGAUGGAAUUUAUCAUUGAAAGAUAUUUUUUUCCUGAAAUGAAGGAACCGCACUUUGUUUCUUGGAUCGGACUAACGUUCUGCGUUUGUGGAGAGAUACUCAGGAAGCUUGCUAUGUUCACGGCAAGAAAGAAUUUUAAUCAUAUCAUACAAAGCACCAAAGCUGACGGUCACCAACUUGUCACGCACGGUGUCUACAGUUUCUCACGACAUCCCAGUUAUGUCGGAUGGUUCUAUUGGUCAAUUGGAACACAGCUGAUUCUUCAGAAUCCUUUCUGUGCGGUGUGUUACACACUAAUUUCAUGGAGAUUCUUCCAACAGCGGGUAUUACUUGAAGAAAUGACAUUGAUAAACUUUUUUGGACAAGACUAUGUUGACUAUCAAAAGCAAGUGGGUACCGGACUGCCUCUCAUUUCGGGGUACAAAUUUGACUUGUAGUAUAGUACCAUGGUGUGAUUUCAAUUAUAAUUAUAUGAUACUGUAAUUGUGAGAUAUAUGACAAUACUUUAAAACUUGCACAUCGUGUAUUGAAGCUAUAAGAUGUUGACCUGCGAAAUUCGUACGCAUACGAUUUCACACUGAUCAAAAUAAUUUGAAGGAAAAGUUCAAGAGACUUUAUCCUUAGGUUACGGACAUUUGAGCUAAUUCAUAGAAAGUUUGUGAUUAUUCGAUUUGAGUGGGCAUACAUUGAAACGAUUAUUUUUUGAUUUUUUGUUUUUUUAGCAAAAAACCCAUCACAUCACGAACAGUAAAUACCGUUCAGGUGUAGAAAAUGAUAAUUUUGUCUAACCGACAUCUUCAGAACAUUAACUUUACUCUGAUUAUUGAUGCAAGUAAAAUCAUGAGUCACUUUUCUAGUCACAAAACUAUAUUUCAUUUGUAAUCAGAGAGAGUACGACUGCCACUAGUUGUGAAAAUCGGUUGCGUAAUGCUGAACAUUAGAAUAGGAAUAAAAAUUUGGAUAGCAAAUAUUUGUUGAACAGUGAAUAAUGAACUAUCUUGAGAAGCGUCGACUCAUUGAUAACAAUCGCGUUACUAUGUAUUAUUAAAAUUAAGAAUACAAAACGGAAUUUUUUGUGUAAUACAUCAUUUUUAUGCAAAGUUGUACAUAUUGUCCAAUUUAACGUCGAACGUGACGAAUAAACAAGGUACAUUUUUUAUGGUGAGUAUUAAUCAUGAUUUGAAAUGAAUGGAAUGAUGGCUUUAACGUCGGAUCUAUUUCAAAUCUAAGAUAUGGGCGUAAAUGAAGAGGACUUUAAUCUAUUUAAUUGGUAGAUUAUUGGAAAUCGAAAAGAAAUUCUCACACAUUCUAGGGAGAGUGGUUCAACACCUGCGAAGUCGUAUUCGAGCAUUUGCAAAAGUGGAUCUAUGUGUGAAACUGUCGCACCAGUUCUCGUGAAAUUUCCACAUAAUACUAUUUCCAUUCCAAAAAUGUGCAAAUAUCGUCCAUCAAUACAACAAACCGCUAUAGAUAUAUAUAAUCAUAAGAUACCCCCCCCCCCAUAACUAUAAAUCAGGCUGGGACACAGUGAAGGAUAAGAAAGAGUAG